ACAGCUCCGCCGCGCAUGCGCAGGGCGUCUCCACUGGCUCGCUCGGUGCUGAAGUUGGGCGGAUGGACGGAAAACACCGCUGAUGGAGAUAAAACGGCAGCAUGCAAUCUCACCGCGUGAUACCCCCGAUAUCCGCAUAAACACGUGUAACGACACCCGUGUAGAAGACUGACAUCUAGAACAAAAGGGAUGUCUUAUCCUGGAUCAUUUAGCCCUUGACUCAAGGAAAGGGUGUGCCUGCAAAUACCAGGUGUUUGAAACCUACCUCCACCCACCUCCCGCAUUCUCCAUCAGGCAUGAUAAGAGAAGAUACAAGAGGCCACAUUUUGUUUUCCAGCACUCUGCCUGUCUCAACGUUUGACAUUACAGUCAUGAUUUUCUUACCUGGUCUUCGGAUGGAUCGCUGCUAAUUUGCAUGCCGCAGAGUGUGAGUGGAGUUGAAAUGAGGAAAAGGCAGCAGGGACGCAUUGAAGGACCCCCACAGGCGCCUGGUCACCCGAGGCCCAACACCUGCUGUCUGUGCUGGUGUGGAUGCUGCAAAUGCCUCUGGAAUGAAGACAGAAGGGAGCGUUCAGAGAGGCAAACAUGUACAAAGAUGGAUAGCAUAGAAGCGACAGAGGAACAGCAUCCCACACUGGAUGAGGUGAUUGCCUGGUCACGGAGCUUUGAGAUGAUGAUGCGCUCUCCAGAGGGGAGGGAUGUUUUCCGGGAGUUCUUGCGAUCCGAGUACAGUGAAGAAAACCUGAUGUUCUGGAUGGCUUGUGAGGAACUGAAGAAAGAAACCAACUCAUCUGCUAUCGAUGAAAAAGCCAGGAUCAUUUAUGAAGACUACGUCUCCAUUCUUUCGCCAAAAGAGGUCAGCUUGGAUUCACGGGUGAGGGAAGUCAUCAACCAAAGCCUGGCAGAACCCAGCGGUACGAUGUAUGAGGAGGCCCAGCUUCAGAUCUACACCCUCAUGCACAGAGACUCCUUCCCCCGAUUUCUCAGCUCAUCUGUUUACAGGGAUCUCCUUAACAGCAAGAGGGUCUGCUUAGACACCUAGGUUUCAGCAAGAACAUUUGUGACAAAAAAGCCCCAAGGUGCCACUUUCAAAAGGUGUGAUGUUUCGUAUUUCAAGAGUGAGUAGUUAAGCAAUUCUGAGCAUCCACUAGUGACCCUGAAAUUCAGUUCUGUUCAAGUGCCAAUAUGAGCUGCUCAGGCAACUGUGACACAGAAAAAACGUGUAGGAAAUCUGACAGAUCCGUACUUCCUACUCUCAACUUACUUGUCUUUUUUUUCAUUCACCUGUUUUGUCUCUUUUGACUCCUCAAAUCUCCUCUCUAUUCCUGUUUAGCUCACGUGUUCUCUUUAUCUCUCUAUGUUCUUUCUACCUGAUCCUUUACAUCUUUUAUGCCUCCCAUAUCUGAGGACAGCUGAAAAAUGUUUUUUUUUUUUUUUAAGAAAAUCAAAAAACAAACGGAUAAGCGGUAGAUGUUAAGCUAGAAAACCUUUGCAUGAAACAAGGUUAUGGAAUUUAUUCCAGUUUGACAUUUAAACCCCGGACUACAAUGUUUUUGUUUUAUGGUGUCAUGGGGAGAGAACAUUGUAAAGCUCUCGAAAGCGAAGGGAAAAUUAGCUGUGCCAAUUGUUUUGUAAAAGAGAAGCCGGGAAGCAUAAUUCGCCGUCUUGCCGUCCAAACUCUUUCUUUGCGUGUCGACAGUUCUUUAACUGGGAAACAUAAGGGCUAGCUAGUGUUGUGAUUGGGCAGCUAAAUGAAUCAUGAACAUUUCUUUCUCUCUGCAAAAAUCACAAUGCCUCGACAAUGAGUAAGGGCACUAAAGCUGCUGAUGCUGGUGACGACACAGUUUAUUGUGUGAGUCCUCCUAGCCCCUCCCAGUCCGUAACUAACAGAGAGAAGCACAGGUACUGUAUGUCAUGGGCUGUAAGCUUCGCUGGAUUGAACGAGAAUUGCUUGAAAAUCACUCACCAACGUUCUGGAGGUUCUUAAAAGAGCUUCGAAUUGUCUUACACAUUAAAGAAAUGUAUUUUAUUAAACAAAAGUGUAGUGAACACUAUGCCUUGUUUUUGAGAGUUACAAUAGAUCUAUAUAAAAUAACUGUGAUCGCCGAGACCUGCUCGAUGAGGCGGCGCGACCGAGUCGGAUCCAUCAGGGAAACUUUUCUCUGCCUCCGAGUCCAAAUGUCUGUUUUGCGACUUGAAACGAGGAGCGCUCAUUUUCACAGCUCGGCAAACUGCAGGUCAUUGAAAAACAAAAACAAGUCGGUCUUUUUUACAAUACUUUUUUCCAGCAUGCGUUUCUUCUGUUGUGUCAUGUACACAUUGCAAUACUCAACCCAGAUAUGAUGUGAACCUCUGUGGGAAGCUCAUGAAAGAUGAUUUCCUUUAGAGGUUUAGACGUGUGUCCCUCAAGAAUGUUGUUGGAUUCAAACUUGUUCUAUUUUCUAGACGUUUAUGUGCUAUUGCAAUCGCAGCAGCCAGUGCAUGAAAACACGAUAUUUAAAAUACUGGUGUGUUAAACCACUCUCUCACCUUUUAGCUGAGUAAUUCAAGAGUGAAUUGCAUUUAAACCGACGUUUUUUGGUCACCAUACCCAACCUCAAAGUGGAAUUUUCCCUGAACUCUUGUGCCAAUGAAUGAACGUUUAUUAAGCAAGUCAUGAUCAAGUGUGUUGUUGUUGGGCUUUCUUACUGGUGCUCUGAGAGUUAAGUGCCAUUCACUCUACAGGUUUACCACAUUAAAAUGAAGACCUUUGUCACUUUUCAGAGUGCAUAGCUAUCCUUCUUUGAAGUAUUUGUGUGUUUGAGCAUCAGUCAGUGUGAGGAGGUCCUUCAUUUAUGUUGUUUUACAAACCGAAUAGGUGUUACCUAGUAGUUUACUUACUGAAGCAGUGAACCAUCACGGGAAACUUGGCUUUCCCACGUUUCUAAAACAAAAUUAUUGAAUUUUCUUGUUUGUUUUAAAAGAAAAAAGUCAUGUCAUUAAAGAAAUGAGCAAUAAAUCAAAAUUGUCUUGCUCUAAAAAAAAAAAAAAAAAAAAGACCCUGCAUGACACAUGGACAUUUACCAAACUAUCUUUGAGGGGGGGAAUCAGAGGUUGAUGAAAUUGACACACACUUAUUGUAAAUGUUAUGAUAAAUGUCAAUGAAAAAAAAUGUGACUGUAUGACUAUUUCAAUCCGUACAUGUCAGGGAUCCAGGACGUCCAACAUCAUAGAGGUCAUUGAAACUACUAGACAGGGAACAAAGAGAAUAUAUGAUUAUUUAAGAUAAUCACUUUAAAGCAGAUAAUGGACAGAUUUAAAAGUAAAAAAAAUCAUGAUGUGUUCAUUUAAGUGACGAGAAAUUUUAAUCAUACCUCUGAAGUGUAUCACUCAAAGGUAUAAGUUCUUAUUAUUGACAAAAAAAAAAUUGGAGGCAAAUAAAGAAUGGAAAUUAGUGCAGUAUUAUGAUACUGUAUUGUACUGCAGACUGAAUUGUUUAAUUAAAAUUAUAAACAUCAGUUUCACAGACAAAGGUAUCAUUCAAAGUAUUAUUCUGUAAAUGACAACAAAUUUGACAUUUUCACCCAUUAUUUAUUAGAUUGCAGAUUAUACAAGAGCAUGCAAUAUCACAUUUGGUCCAAUUUACAGUGAACCAUCAUUUUGAGAGUAGUUAUCUUUAAUUUCAAUGCCUCAACUUCAUUUUUGCUGCUAAUGUUUGAUCCGAUUUUGAGCGUUCAGGAGUUUUUCACUUGAUGGCCGUCACAGUGAUGGCUAACAGCUGUUGAUAAUGAUUUUAUCAGUAUGGUAUGACUUGGAAAGAUAUUCUUUCUUGCCAAAAGGCUCCUUUUCUAAGCAAGGUCUUGUUUUAAUUGGUUUUCCACUACCUCUCAUUUUGCUUAGUUUUUUUUUUCUCAUCUAGUUGUUAAAGUUAAUGUUUAUUUUGAUCUACUUGAAGCCUAAUACUGUAACUGAGAUGUAUACCGAGGGUUUACUAAGAAGAGUAGCAUUUUGUUAGUUUGUUGAAUUCCUUUCAGCAUAAUUAUGAUAUAUAUACUCACAAAGAAUUCAGGAAACAUACUAUUUAAGGGCUAAUCCCAUAUUGCCUAUGCAAAUAUCUUAAUUGUCAUAUUGGCAUAAUUAGUGACUGAGGAAUGAUUUUCUGAAAUUGGGUGGAACACUGGUUUACAUUUGCCCUUUUCUGAUAUUCCUUAGUCUCUUUGGUCACGUAAUAUGUCAUAUUAUAUAUAUAUAUAUUUCCUUCUUGAUGAAAAAAAAGCUACUCGAUUAAGACUGAAAUAAAUCUGUGUUGUGUCUACUGUGGGUUGACAGUUCACUAUUGAUGUAAACUGCAUAUUGAAUGUAAGGUACUGUGCAUGCUAAAGUUUAUUUGUUCAAGUGAUGGAAAACUCUGGGCUCUGGAGCCGCACUGGGCAGGAGGGAAGUAAUUGAAUUAUUUGUGGAUGAAGCAAGUGUCUAUUCUUGUUUUUAAGGGUGCUUCAGUCUUUUUUUGCAAAGGUUGAAGGGCUACUUUGGGCACUUUAAACACGCUUUUCACAAACAAGAAUAUCUACCUCUUGGUUCUGUUCUCUCCAUAUGCUUAAUAUAGAAGAGCGAGCCUUGAAAAACAACGUAGCGUGCACACAUUUCGAUUGUUUUGACUUGGUUUAGAGACACAGGUGCUUUUAAGGGAGUGAAUUUUAACUCAACCUCAUUGAUUAAACUUCUGAUACUUCAGUUAUGUUGCUUUUCAUCCUGUUUAAACAAAAGUUUGAUCAUUUAUGCCCAAGCAAAGGCACAUUUGCUGUUUAAAGAAAACACUCAUUUAUUCCAGUAACUGUUACAGCAUAUGCUUGCGUUAUGUGAUAUAUACGGAUUGCUGUAAUUACAGAAAAAAAGUGUUAACAGUACUCAGUAGUGCUUGAUCGAUAGCGUCACAGGAUUACUAGUGUGCUACAUGCUUCGCAAUUAUUCAUUGUAAGCACAUGAAAUAUGCUCUUUACAUUCAUCAGUGCCAUUGAUUUGAAGGGGUCAUGUAGGGUAACCUGAAUUUUAAUGACCCUUAAUAUAUAUGAAUAUUGCAAGGAGGAAGGCUUCAUGCAUCAGCUUUUAUUUCAUUAAAUCAUUUUUCACUAUCACAUGGAACUGGAAAGAGAUCAGGUAACAUUUUUCAUAAAAAAUCUGUUGCCUGACUUUAAAAUCAUAAUUUAAAGGUCAUUUAUUGUGGUGUUACUAAAGCCUCAUUGUGGAUUCUCAAAAGUUGUUGUGUCUUUAUAUCAGUUCACAAUUACAUUCCAAUUGUUUUCAAGAUAAAACAGCCUGACUAUGACUAACUCCACCGAGUAAAUACUAAAUUAUUUAAUUUCAACAUCUUAUUGCUAAAAUAUUGUGCAUCACAAAUUUAGUAACUUAACAUAUAUUAUAACAAAACAUAGUUUAGCUGCUCCAGUAACACAAACAAUCUGCCAGUUGCAAUUGUCAAAAUUUCAAUGCAAUUUCAAAAUUGUUAGAAGGGAUAGAGAAGCCCUGUGUACAUUUAUGCUGUGAUGAAAAUGAAGAAUUAUCAACUGCUAUAAUUUCAUUGCAUCUUUCACAGACUCUGAAGCCAAACUGACUUCUGUAUCACAGUUUAUCACAGUCACCCCAAAGUGCCUUGAAUGUUUAGGCCAUGAUCUAUGAUUUAUAGCUGUUAUCCCAAGGGAAGAUGUUUGUCUUUUAAAAGCCUGUGCUCUUCUCUAGGAUUGAAUGCAUGAUGCACGCUGUAAGCAAAAGACAUUUGGGCCACAUGCAGGAAAAUGUUAAAGCCAAGAUCAUUGGAAAUAAGUGUGAACUGAUAGUAUUUCAGCUUGUCCUUGUCCUCUGCUCAAGAAAAAACAAACAAACAAAAAAAAAAUCAUCAUCUUGAUUACAAGUUGUGCUUAUUAUACAAGUGUUUGGUGCUUAUUAUAUGUUACAUAAUGAAAUAUCGAAUUUUUCGUCCCAUUGUCAUGAUAUUACACAAUACAGACUUGACCUGUUUUGUUUCUCCUAAGAUCAGACACAGAUCAGGCCUUCACUGAAGGCAUUCUUUAGAGCUGUGCCAUGAUACGAGUCCUAAUAAAUUACCUAUUUUAAUAUAAACUAUUUUAAAAUGAGUAUUCAAUCAUAUUUGUCUUGUGUUUAAUACCAGAGGACAAACUAUAAUGCCUUUAUAAAUUAUAACUCAUAAAAGAAAAAAAAAGAUCUUUUAUAUUUGGCAUGCAUUUGCUAUUUAAAAUAGUUUAGUCAAGACAAUACUGUACAAGUAUAUAUAGAAAGUACUGCAAUCUGCAGACAGUAACACUGAAUCUCUAGGAGGAGUUUUAGAAAUGGACAUAUAUUGGAAAUAUUAGCAGUUUCUUUAUAAGUGAUCAUAUUUAAAUACGGUAUUCUGUGCUGAACUCUCAAAACUUGGUGGAAUGACUUUUACUUAUAGUAAUGAAAUUAGUUUACUGUAAAUUGGUGCGGUUCAGUUCAAGAAAGGCAGUACUUGUUUAUUAACAAUUGAGCUCAGGUGGAUGGGCGUCAUUCCGAUCACAUGUACUCCUGCAUGAACACUAUCAAAACAGAGAACAAAUGUAUUUGUAGACAUCAAAUAAAGUGACUUACAAUAUG